AGAAGAUUAGGCUGCCCGCGCUGGCCUCAUUCUUUUCCAAACACACAUUUGCGAGGUGUGGGCGGGACCAGGAGCCGCUAUAAAGGUUGUCCAGCUGGACAGUCCCCACUUCCUGUGUCAGCGUCAGCAGGUCCAGAGUCAUCAUGAACGACAUCUACAAGGCUGCGGUGGAGCAGCUGACAGAUGAACAGAAAAAUGAGUUCAAGGCCGCCUUCGACAUCUUCGUUCAGGAUGCGGAGGACGGCUGCAUCAGCACCAAGGAGCUGGGGAAGGUGAUGAGGAUGCUGGGCCAGAACCCCACACCUGAGGAGCUGCAGGAGAUGAUCGAUGAGGUGGAUGAAGAUGGAAGUGGCACGGUGGACUUUGAUGAGUUCCUGGUGAUGAUGGUGAGAUGCAUGAAGGACGACAGCAAGGGGAAGUCUGAGGAGGAACUGGCAGAACUGUUCCGCAUGUUUGACAAGAACGCGGACGGUUACAUCGACCUGGACGAGCUGAAGACCAUGCUGGAGUCCACGGGAGAAGACAUCACAGAAGACGACAUCGAGGAGCUGAUGAAGGACGGGGACAGAAACAACGAUGGCAAGAUCGAUUACGACGAGUUCUUGGAGUUCAUGAAAGGCGUGGAGUAAUCCUCAACACCAAACCUCAUCCUUGUCUCCGUCCGUCACGUGACUGGAAGCUGACUUGAGUAAUCCUCAACACAAAACCUUAUCCUUGUCUCCCUCCAUCACAUGACUGGAAGCUGACUUGAGUAAUCCUCAACACCAAACCUUAUCCUUGUCUCCCUCCGUCACAUGACUGGAAGCUGACUUGAGUAAUCCUGAACAACACAUUUUAUCCUGGUCUCUCUCCGUCACAUGACUGGAUGAUGAUUUGAGUAAUCCUGAACACCAAAUCUUAUCCUUGUCUCCCUUCGUCACAUGGCUGGAAGCUGAUUUGAGUAAUCCUGAAAACCACACAUUAUCCUUGUCUCCCUCCGUCACAUGGCUGGAAGCUAAUUUGAGUAAUCCUGAACACCACACCUUAUCCUGGUCUUCCUCCUCUCACAUGACUGGAAGCUGACUUGCGUAAUCCUGAACACCACACCUAAUCCUGGUCUCCCUCCGUCACAUGAUUGGAAGUUGACAUGAGUAAUCCUCAACACAAAACCUUAUCCUUGUCUCCGUCCGUCACAUGACUGGAAGCUGAUUUAAGUAAUCCUGAACACGACACCUUAUCCUGGUCUCCCUCCGUCACAUGACUGGAAGCUGAUUUGAGUAAUCCUGACCACCACAUAUCAUCCUGGUCUCUCUCCGUCACAUGACUGGAAGCUGACUUGAGUAAUCCUGAACACCAAACCUUAUCCUUGUAUCCCUCAGUCACAUGACUGGAAGCUGAUUUGAAUAAUCCUGAACACCAUAUUAUUCUGGUCUCUUUCCGUCACAUGACUGAAAGCUGACUUGAGUAAUCCUGAACACCAAACCUUAUCCUUGUCUCAGUCUGUCACGUGGCUGGAAGCUGACUUAAGUAAUCCUCAACACCAAACCUUAUCCUUGUGUCCCUCCGUCACAUGACUGGAAGCUGACUUGAGUAAUCCUCAACACCAAACCUAAUCCUUGUCUCCCUCUGUCACAUGACUGGAAGCUGAGUUGAGUAAUCCUGAACACCACAUAUUUUCCUGGUCUCUCUCCGUCACAUGACUGGAAGCUGACUUGAGUAAUCAUGAACACCAAACCUUAUCUUUGUCUCCCUCCGUCACAUGGCUGGAAGCUGAUUUGAGUAAUCCCGAACACCACACCGUAUCCUUGUCUCCCUCCGUCACAUGGCUGGAAACUGACUUGAGUAAUCCUGAACACCAAACUUUAUCCUGGUCUCCCUUCGUCACAUGACUGGAAGCUAACUUGAGUAAUCCUGAACACCAAACCUUAUCUUUGUCUCCCUCCGUCACAUGGCUGGAAGCUGAUUUGAGUAAUCCUGAACACCACACUGUAUCCUUGUCUCCCUCCGUCACAUGGCUGGAAACUGACUUGAGUAAUCCUGACCACCACACCUAAUCCUGGUCUCCCUCCGUCACGAUUGGAAGUUGACUUGGGUAAUCCUGAACACUAAACCUUAUUUCCUUGUCUCCCUUCGUCACAUGGCUGUAAACUGAUUUGAGUAAUCCUGAACACCACACCUUAUCUAGGUCUCCCUUGUCACAUGACUGGAAGCUGAUUUGAGUAAUCCUGAACACUAAACCUUAUCCUUGUCUCCUUCCGUCACAUUGCUGGAACCUGAUUUGAGUAAUCCUGAACACCACACCUUUCUGGUCUCCCUUCGUCACAUGACUGGAAGCUGACUUGAGUAAUCCUGAACACCACACCUUAUCCUGGUCUCCCUCCGUCACAUGACUGGAAGCUGACUUGAGUAGUACUGCACACUAGACCCUAUCCUAGUCUCCCUCCGUCACAUGACCUGGUUGAAGCUGAGAAGGACUCUGCAAGAAUGAAGGACUGUAAAAACUGUUUCUGAUCCAUGGUUCCUUCCUGCAUUGUUGGAAAUACAAAAUGAUGAAAGUCAAUCUUCAACUUUUUUCUCCUUUGGAGCUUCAACUUCUAGAAUCUUCACCAACAAGUUGUUGAUGGCGAUGUUGUUGAUGUCGAUGUUGUUGUUGUUGAUGUUACCAUUGUUGAUGUCGAUGUUGUUGUUGUUAUCAUUGUUGAUGUUAUUGUUGAUGUUGUUGCUGUUGUUAAUCUUGUUGUUGAUGUUAAUGUUAUUGUUGAUGUCAAUUUUGCUGUAGAUGUCGAUGUCAAUGUUGUUGUUGAUGUUAUUGAUGUCAAUGUUGUUGAUGUCAAUGUUGUUGUUGAUAAUGUUGUUGAUGUCGAUGUUUUUGUUGACGUUAUUGUUGAUGUCAAUGUUGCUGUUGAUGUCGAUGUUGUUAUUGAUGUCAAUGAUAAUGUUGUUGAUGAUGUCGAUGUUGUUGUUGAUGUUAUGGGUGACAAUGUUGUUGUUGAUGUCGAUGUUGUUGUUGAUAAUGUUGUUGAUGUCAAUGUUUUUGUUGACGUUAUUGUUGAUGUCAAUGUUGCUGUUGAUGUCGAUGUUGUUAUUGAUGUCAAUGAUAAUGUUGUUGAUGAUGUCGAUGUUGUUGUUGAUGUUAUGGGUGACAAUGUUGUUGUUGAUGUUACUGAUGUCAAUGUUGUUGAUGUCGAUGUUGUUGUUGAUAAUGUUGUUGAUGUCGAUGUUUUUGUUGACGUUAUUGUUGAUGUCAAUGUUGCUGUUGAUGUCGAUGAUAAUGUUGUUGAUGAUGUCGAUGUUGUUGUUGAUGUUAUUGGUGUCAAUGUUGUUGUUGAUGUUUUUAUUGUUGAUGAUGAUGAUGUUGUUAUUAUUGUGGUGGUUAUUGAUUGUUGUGUCGACAAAGCACAAUCAGCCCUAAAUCAAACCUGUGUCAUUGAUGUUGUUUUGACUUUUACAAACAUUUUGGGAUGUUUGAUAAACACUCAGGACUUUUUCUUUUCCUCAUAAAAGAUGCAUGUUGUGCUCAGAUUGUUUUCUCAAGAAAUAAACACUUUUUUGGAGUAGUUUAUAUUUGUAUUAAUU